AUAUAUGUUUCAGAGUAAAAAAGAGAUUUUUAUUUAUUAUUUUUGAAAGAGAAAUUAGAUCGUUUCAAAUCUAAAAGAUGACAAACAAGUGAGUGUGAUAUACAGCUGCCAUUAGAGCUGACGUGCAGCGCAGGCAGAGUCUGUUAAAGGGCAGGUGUCCCCUAGUUAGGCACUUCCAUUCUGUUUCCUUUAUAUGUGCAUCUCUCUCUACUUCACUCUCUCUCUCUCUCCUUCUUUUUUUCCUACGAAUGUGGGUGUGGGUGUGACCCUUUCCUAUUUUUCCCUUUUUUUCUGGUUACAAAGCUUUGGGGUGUGUCUUCUUGGAAAUCCCAAAUUUGCUUUAAACCAAUCUGAGGGAUUCCAUCCUCGAUCGGUGAAUAAGUCGUUAUAUAAUCUGAAAGUGAUAAUAGAUUUGGACUGAGAAGAAAGUAAAAAUGAGUGGAGCUGUUCUUGUGGCUAUUGCAGCUGCUAUUGGUAAUCUAUUACAAGGAUGGGAUAAUGCUACAAUAGCAGGUGCUGUUUUGUAUAUAAAGAAAGAUUUCAACUUGGAUAGCCAACCCACUUUGGAAGGACUGAUUGUUGCUACAUCACUAAUUGGAGCCACUUUAAUCACAACAUGUUCAGGAGCCAUAGCUGAUUCUCUUGGUCGUCGUCCCUUGUUGAUUAUCUCAUCUCUGCUUUACUUUGUUAGUGGUCUUGUAAUGUUAUGGUCACCUAAUGUCUAUAUUUUGUUGUUGGCAAGGCUUUUGGAUGGUUUUGGUAUUGGUAUAGCUGUUACUUUGGUCCCAGUUUAUAUAUCUGAGACAGCCCCACCUGAGAUUAGAGGGUCAUUGAAUACCCUUCCACAGUUCACUGGUUCUGGUGGAAUGUUUCUCUCUUAUUGUAUGGUUUUUGCCAUGUCCCUUAUGCCAAAACCAAACUGGAGAUUGAUGCUUGGAGUUCUUUCAAUUCCAUCUGUUAUUUAUUUCUUUUUGACCUUAUUUUUCUUGCCUGAGUCUCCUCGUUGGCUUGUGAGUAAAGGUCGGAUGAUUGAGGCUAAGAAAGUUCUUCAGAGGUUGAGAGGAAGAGAAGAUGUUGCAGGUGAGAUGGCUUUGUUGGUUGAGGGUCUUGGAGUUGGAGGUGACACAUCUAUAGAGGAAUACAUAAUUGGUCCAGCCAAUGAGCUUACUGACGAGGUUGAUCCAUCUGAUGAGAAGGAUCAAAUCAAGUUAUAUGGACCUGAUCAAGGUCUUUCAUGGAUUGCCAAACCUGUCACUGGACAAAGUGCACUUGGGCUUGUUUCUAGGCAUGGAAGCAUGGCGAAUCAGAGCGGUUUUGUUGAUCCUCUUGUCACUCUCUUUGGCAGUGUUCAUGAAAAGCUCCCUGAAAGUGGAAGUAUGAGAAGCAUGCUCUUCCCACAUUUUGGUAGUAUGUUCAGUGUUGGAGGAAACCAGCCUAGAAAUGAAGAUUGGGAUGAGGAGAGCCUUGCUAGAGAAGGGGAAGGGUACAAUUCAGAUGCAGCUGGUGCUGAUUCUGAUGACAAUUUGCAUAGUCCAUUGAUAUCUCGCCAGACAACGAGUAUGGAGAAAGACAUGGUUGCACCUGCUCAUGGUAGUCUUUCUAGCAUAAGACAAAGCAGUCUAGUUCAUGGUACUGCUGGUGAACCAGGAGGCAGUACUGGAAUUGGUGGAGGAUGGCAAUUGGCAUGGAAAUGGACCGAAAGAGAAGGCGCUGAUGGUAAAAAGGAAGGAGGAUUUAAGAGAAUUUAUCUGCAUCAAGAGGGUAUCCCGGGAUCUCGCAGAGGGUCUAUAGUUUCUCUUGCUGGUGGUGAUGUUCAGGCAGAUGGUGAGUUUGUUCAGGCUGCAGCCCUGGUUAGCCAACCUGCUCUUUAUUCACAGGACCUUGUGAAUCAGAAUCCAGUUGGACCAGCUAUGGUUCACCCAUCUGCUGCUAAAGGGCCAAGCUGGAGAGAUCUCUUUGAACCUGGAGUCAAACAUGCUUUAGUUGUUGGAGUGGGAUUACAAAUCCUUCAGCAGUUCUCUGGUAUAAAUGGGGUUCUCUACUACACACCUCAAAUCCUUGAGCAGGCAGGUGUUGGAGUCCUUCUUUCAAACUUGGGAAUCAGUUCAUCUUCUGCAUCUUUGCUUAUCAGUGCAGUAACAACUCUACUCAUGCUUCCUUGUAUAGCAGUGGCCAUGAGGCUUAUGGAUAUCUCUGGCAGAAGGAGUUUACUACUGUACACAAUCCCAAUCUUGAUAGUGACUCUUGUGGUCCUAGUCCUUUCAAGUAUAAUAAAUUUGGGGAAUGUUCUUCAUGCAUCAAUCUCAACAGUCAGUGUUGUGGUUUACUUCUGUUGCUUUGUUAUGGGGUUCGGGCCGAUUCCUAACAUCUUAUGUGCAGAGAUUUUCCCUACCCGAGUUCGUGGACUCUGCAUUGCCAUCUGUGCUCUCACAUUCUGGAUUGGAGACAUCAUCGUCACCUACUCACUUCCCGUUAUGCUCAAAUCCGUUGGUCUUGGUGGUGUUUUCGGCAUGUAUGCAAUUGUUUGCGUCAUUUCAUGGGUGUUUGUUUACUUGAAAGUUCCAGAAACCAAGGGAAUGCCCCUUGAAGUCAUCACAGAGUUCUUCUCCGUUGGUGCCAAGCAGGUUGCAGCUGCCAAGCACGAAUGAUUUUCUUCGCCGUUGACAGAUUUUUUCUGAAAGAAAAAAGUUUUGACAAUUCCUGUUUAUUUUCUUGGUUCUGUUUUGAUAUUUUCUUGUUUCAUUCCAUGGGGGUCUUUGAAAUGGUAUGUUUGAUUUGUGUAGAAAGGAUUAUUUUCUUUGCUUAGCUCAUUUCUUAUAUUUGGUAUGAACAAAAAGUUCAACUCUUUGAGGUCAUUUCUGGUGUAUCAUCCUAUUUUUGGAGUUGAGUUGGGUUGAGAUUAUGGAAGGUAAAUCAUGCAGAUUCCUCAUUCCUGGUUGCCACUAGAUGAAGACAAGGAGUGCUUUUGUGAAAAUUUGGCAUUUGCUAGCUUAGUUUUGAUGGAAUGUAUUUUCCUCAGGGCUGUGAAGAAACGGUAAAAAAGGGGAUAUUGUAUGUGAAAUUACCUUUGUAAAUACCAAUGGAUUUUGGCAUAAAAUUCUUAUCAAAUGCUUGUUAAGUUUCAUUUCACCAAACAAAUAAAUGAAAACCAAUUCUC